AUGGAGCCCCAAAGUCAACAUGGCAGUGGUGGUUCGCUAGUGGUGAUUCAGCAGCCCUCCCUGGACAGCCGGCAGCGGUUGGACUAUGAAAGAGAGAGCCAGCCGACAGCUAUCUUGUCACUGGACCAGAUCAAGGCGAUCCGGGGCAGCAACGAAUACACCGAAGGUCCAUCUGUGGUGAAAAAAUCUGGUCCGCGGACAGCACCGAGGCAGGAGAAGCAUGAAAGGACUCAUGAAAUUAUACCAAUUAAUGUGAAUAACAAUUACGAACACAGACCCAGCCACGUGGGACAUCAGCAUAACGCGAGGGCUCCCGUCUUGAGCAGAUCGACCAGCACGGGGAGCGCGGCUAGCUCCGGGAGCAACAGCAGUGCCUCCUCCGAGCAAGGGCUACUGGGGCGGUCGCCUCCAUCCAGGCUGGGCUCAGGCCACAGAUCCGAUCGGACAAUCCGGACGCAGCCCAAGCAGUCGUCUCUGAUUGUAGAUGAUCUGAAGGGUCCUUUGAAAGAGGACUUGACGCAGCAUAAGUUUAUCUGCGAACAGUGUGGGAAGUGCAAGUGCGGGGAGUGCACGGCCCCCAGGGCUCUCCCUUCUUGCCUGGCCUGCAACCGGCAGUGCUUGUGCUCGGCGGAGAGCAUGGUGGAGUACGGCACCUGCAUGUGUUUGGUCAAAGGGAUCUUCUACCACUGCUCCAACGACGAUGAAGGGGACUCGUACGCGGAUAAUCCCUGCUCUUGUUCCCAGUCACACUGCUGUUCUAGGUACCUGUGCAUGGGAGCGAUGUCCUUGUUUCUGCCUUGCUUGCUCUGCUACCCUCCUGCAAAAGGAUGCCUAAAACUCUGUCGAGGGUGCUACGACCGCAUCAAUCGUCCAGGUUGCCGAUGCAAGAACUCCAACACGGUCUAUUGUAAACUGGAGAGCUGCCCCUCCCGAGGUCAGGGCAAGCCCUCAUGA